UGGACUCCCGCAGACGGAAGCAGGAAGUAGGUGUUCAGGAAUGUGGGUGUUAGAAAGUGAAACAGAAGAGCUGUUCGAAUUAAAAACAGCCUGUUAAUUAAAUCCGAUAAAGAUGAUUGAGACCUCGAACAGAAUGUGAGAGUCGCGUGGGACACAUCAUGCUGUUCAAACACAUCAGACAGCGCAGUGUCGGCCGGCCGAAGGUGGCUCAUGCCGUGGUGGUGAUCUUCUUGGAGUUUUUCGCCUGGGGUCUCCUGACCACCCCGAUGCUGACCGUUCUGCAGAUAACUUUUCCGCAGCACACGUUCCUCGUGAACGGACUCAUUCAGGGCGUCAAGGGGUUUCUGUCGUUCAUGAGCGCUCCUCUGAUCGGUGCCUUGUCUGAUGUUUGGGGCAGAAAGAGCUUCCUGCUGCUCACAGUGUUUUUCACCUGCGCCCCCAUCCCACUAAUGAGGCUCAGCCCAUGGUGUUUCUUUGCUCUGAUGUCUGUCUCGGGGCUUUUCGCUGUUACAUUCUCUGUGAUAUUUGCGUAUGUGGCUGAUAUUACAGAAGAGCAUGAAAGAAGCACAGCGUAUGGACUGGUGUCUGCGACGUUUGCGGCGAGUUUAGUGACGAGUCCGGCGAUAGGAGCGUUCCUGUCCCUGCGCUACGGAGACAGUGUGGUGGUUCUUCUGGCCACCGUCAUCGCUCUGGCUGAUAUUCUGUUCGUCCUGCUGGUGGUCCCCGAGUCCCUGCCGGACAAGAUGAGACUGUCCUCGUGGGGUUCACCCAUUUCCUGGGAGCAGGCCGAUCCUUUCGCUUCUCUGAGGAAGGUGGGGAAAGACUCCACAGUGCUGUUGAUCUGUGUCACCGUCUUCCUGUCGUAUCUCCCCGAGGCCGGGCAGUACUCCAGCUUCUUCCUCUAUUUGGGACAGGUCAUUAACUUCUCGUCCGAAGCGAUUGCAGGGUUUAUUGCGAUGGUGGGAAUCCUGUCCAUCGGAGCACAGACGUUACUGUUAAGCGUUCUGAUGAAGAAGAUUGGGAAUAAAAGCACCGUUCUGCUGGGACUGGGGUUUCAGUUGCUCCAGCUGGCCUGGUACGGCUUCGGCUCUGAACCAUGGAUGAUGUGGGCGGCCGGUGCCGUCGCUGCCUUGUCCAGCAUCACCUUUCCUUCUGUGAGCGCGCUGGUGUCUCGAUGCACGGAUCCCGACCAGCAGGGAGCGGUUCAGGGCAUGAUCACAGGGAUCCGAGGUCUGUGUAAUGGACUCGGUCCGGCUCUGUUCGGAUUCAUCUUCUUCCUCUUCAACGUGGAGCUGAAGGAGCUGAGCCCCGUGGAGCAGAACCCCGUCACGCCGGACACUGAGGAGAAGCGUGUGAUUCCUGGUCCUCCGUUCCUGUUCGGAGCGUGCACGGUUCUUCUGGCUCUGCUGGUGGCGGUGUUCAUUCCCUCUCAACACGCUCCGGCCGUGCAGACGUGUAACACGCGUGUGAUGAUGGAGUCUGCGAUCAGCGUCACGGAGAACGGAUCUGUUCCUGUGAGCGACGAAGACAACGAGCCUCUUUUACAGGACAGUAGUUUAUAAGCCCAACAGGAUGGCUUUUAUUCCAGCGGUGUUGUCUGACAAGGCUUUUUUUUUGUUUUUAUCCUUCGGUCUUUGAAAGCGAAUGUGCCUUCUCCAUAUUUCGGCUUACAGUGCAAAACAUCAAGUUCUCCCGCAGAACAAAACCCUUUUAAUUGAGAUUAAUAUUGUUCAGUUCAGGUUUAUUUGUAGCACUUUUCAUGAUGCAAAUGAAACGUUACAAUAUAUGUUUCCGUUUAUACAAGAUCUUGUUUUCUGAACAAUUUAUGCUUCAAACAAGAAUAAAUGUCUGCUAAUGGGUCGAAAAAAUAAUCUAGUUUCUUCCUUUGGAUUAAGUUUAUUUUUUGCCAGCUAUUUGUUCUUGUUUCAAGCAUAAACUCACUUUAUUUCUCAUGUGUCUUAAUUUAAAAAUCUUUAGACAUUUGUUGGAAAUUGUCUAAAAUGAUGUGCUGCCGUGUAUCUGAAUGUAAACUGUAGUUCUUUACUAUAUUACUGAUGAACUUUAUCUUGUACAGACUGCAAUAAUAAUGUCCUCGUGGUUAGUUAGUUAAGAGCAUUUAAACACGCAGUGCACAUACAGCCAGAGCGCAGUCUUUCUUUUAAAGAGAAACGGCACAAAACAGACAUAAGCGUUGUCUUUAGGUCAUAGGUUAAUUAUUACGACGAAAUCGUAUUUAAUCUGUAACUCAUAUAUGAGCACCAGCUACUCAACACAGAGCUGCUACCUCACAAUCACACACAGACUUGAUUUAAAGGAAGAGUUCGGACGAAAUUGGAAAAAUAUCCUCACUCUCAGUUCAUCAGAGAUCAGGAUGAGUUUGUUUCUUCAUCAGGUUUGGAGAAAUGUAGCAUUGCAUCAGUGUCUCAUCAAUGGAUGCUCUGCAGUGAAUGGGUGCCGUCAGAAUGAGAGUACAAACAGAUGAUAAAAACAUCACAAUAAUCCUAGAUAGUCAAGUGCACUAUAUAAAAAAAGUGAAAGUUAAAAAAAUAUUUAGUGCACUAUGUAGUCAAGUGCACUAUGUAGUCAAGUGCACUAGGUAGUCAAGUGCACUAUAUAAAAAAGUGAAAGUGAAAAAAAUAUAUAGUGCACUUGACUUCCUAGUGCACUAUAUAUUUUUUUCACUUUCACUUUUUUAUAUAGUGCACUAGGUAGUCAAGUGCACUAGGUAGUCAAGUGCACUAGGUAGGUUUUUUUUUUUUUUUUCAUCUUUUGUAUUCUCCAGAUGUUCACUGAUGGACUGGAGUGCUGUGGAUUAUUGUGAUGUUUUUAUCAGACUCUCAUUCUGACGGCACCCAUUCACUGUAAAGCAUCCAUCGAUGCAAUGCUACAUUUCUCCAAACCUGAUGAAGAAACCAACUCAUCCUGAUCUCUGAUGAACUGAGAGUGAGUACAUUUCCAUUUUUGGCCUGAACUCUUCCUGUAACAUUUAAUGUUUCUGUGUUGCUGAUGUCCUGAAAUAAUUCCCAGAGGACCGAAUCAAAUGUUUUUAAACUAGCUUUAUUGAUUUAUCAUUGCUUUCUCUCACUGACUUUCCUUAUUUUGUUUUAUUUAAUUUUUUUAUUUUUGCAUGUUAAAAUCGGAGUAAAACAAUUCUCAAAGUUCAUCACGCAGUAUGCAGCAGAUUAUAUAAUUGACUGCAUUUUAUCAUGUAACAAACAGCAGCAAUAUCAGCCUAAAUCAAUGAGGAUUUCUGCUUUAUCAUGCACAUUUGAUGUUUUUGAGCAAAGGAAACUUUUCAUUUGCCAAUUCUGGAGACCUGAAUAUGAUGCAUACUUGAAAAUGAUGUGAUGUGAUUCUCUUUAUGCAAUCGGUGCUGUAGAUCAAUGCACACUGACUCCAGAAGAUCUUAACCCCUCUAAAGUUAUUUUACGUGUUUCCCGAUGAACUGCACUUUGUUUUUUUACUGAUAUUUCAGCUCUCGGUGCCAUUCUUCAUGUCUAUGCAGCCAUUCCUUUGAAGACUGGUUUGUAGAUGCCUUCUGACGAGAUUUUAUCGAUGCAUUUAAUGCACAUUGCUACAAGUGUUCGUUGAGAUAUUCAUUGAUUUAAUGUUUCAAUAAACCACUUCAUAUUCCA